UUCUGUUUAUAAAUGAGAAAGCUCCAUCAUGUGAAACUCAAAUCUCAAGGAAGUCGAACCAUGUCUUCUUUGGUAUCUUUCAUCUCCCUUUUCCUGUUCUCAGUUCUCACUAGCUUCAAAGCUUCUGCUCAAAAUCCUAAUUACCUAGGUCGUUUUUGUCCAAAUACGACAACAUAUUCAAGGAACAGCACUUACUUCACCAAUCUCAAAACCCUUUUGUCCUCUCUCUCUUCCCGUAACGCCUCUUACUCCACCGGUUUCCGAACCGCCACGGCGGGACAAGCCCCCGACAAGGUCACAGGACUUUUCCUCUGUCGCGGAGACGGGUCGGCGGAAGUAUGUCGUAGCUGCGUCACCUUUGCCGUUAACGAAACCUUAACUUGGUGUCCGUAUGAGAGAGAGGUUGUGCUCUAUUACGAAGAGUGUAUGCUCAGAUACUCUCACAGGAAUAUUCUAUCGACCCUUACGUACGACGGAUAUGUAUUCAUGCAAAACCCGAAUAAUAUUUCUUAUAAUCAAAAUCAAAUAGAACGGUUCAUAGCUUCGGUGUCCUCCACGAUGAGCCGAGCUGCCACCGAAGCAGCCAAAAGUUCUAGAAAAUUAUGUGCGAUAAAGACCGAAUUGAACACAUUGCAGACUUUUUACGGGCUGCUUCAGUGCACUCCUGAUCUUACAAGACGGGACUGCAUGAGCUGUUUGCUACGUUUGGUCGGUCGAAUGUCUUUUGGCCGAAUUGGAGCAAGACUUUUUAAUCCGAAUUGUAUUACAAGGUACGAGCUUUAUGCGUUUUACAACGAAACCGGCAUUAAAACACUACCAAUAUCAGCCCUUCCACCUGGUACAGCUCCUUCUCCACCAUCACCGCCGAUUUCAAUAUCCUCACCACGACCUGGAGAAGGUGGAAACUCAUCUGUCAUAGUUAUCGCUGUUGUUAUUCCAAUCACCGUCCUUUUUCUUCUUUUCAUAGCUGUUUUUUGUUUCCGGACUAAGAGAAAGAGGAUGAUUCAUGAGACAGAACCACUAGCUGGAGAUGGGGAUGAUAUUAAGAGUGCAGGCUCACUUCAAUUUGAUUUUAGGGCAAUUGAGGCAGCCACAGAUAAUUUUUCGGAAAGUAAAAAACUCGGUCAAGGUGGAUUCGGCCAAGUCUACAAGGGUACAUUUCCUAGUGGAGUACAAGUUGCGGUGAAAAGGCUAUCGAAGACAUCAGGGCAAGGUGAAAGAGAGUUCGAAAACGAAGUUAUUGUUGUGGCAAAGCUUCAACACCGCAAUUUGGUCAAACUUCUAGGAUAUUGUUUGGAAGGAGAGGAAAAGAUACUUGUAUAUGAGUUUGUGGCCAACAAAAGCCUCGAUUACUUCCUCUUUGACUCUAGAAUGCAGAUCCAACUUGACUGGACAAGACGGUACAAGAUCAUUGGAGGAAUUGCUAGAGGAAUUCUUUAUCUUCACCAAGAUUCACGACUCACAAUUAUCCACCGUGACCUCAAAGCGGGCAACAUCCUCUUGGACGCUGAUAUGAACCCGAAAGUUGCAGAUUUUGGAAUGGCGAGAAUUUUUGGGAUGGACCAAACGGAAGCCAAUACAAGAAGAGUUGUUGGAACUUAUGGAUACAUGUCUCAUGAGUAUGCAAUGUACGGCCACUUCUCCAUGAAAUCAGAUGUAUAUAGUUUUGGGGUCUUAGUUCUUGAGAUUAUAAGUGGCAUGAAGAACAGUAGUCUCUAUCAAAUGGAUGGUAGUGUUGGUAACUUGGUUACAUAUACUUGGAGAUUAUGGAGCAAUGGGUCGCCGUUAGAGCUUGUGGAUCCAUCCUUUGGAGAUAGCUAUCAAAUAAAUGAAAUUACUAGGUGUAUCCAUAUCGCUUUACUUUGUGUUCAAGAAGAUGUUGAACAUCGUCCAACUAUGUCAGCAAUCGUCCAAAUGCUCACUACUAGCUCAAUAGCUCUCGCCGUGCCUAAACAACCUGGAUUUUUCUUUCGGGGUAGGCAGGAACAAAUAAGAGAAGUUGCUACAUCUGUGGAUAGGCUUGCUCCGUGUUCAAUCGAUGAUGCUUCCAUUACUAGUGUUGCCCCUCGUUGAAGACAAAACUAUAUUCACUAAAAUUAAGUUGUGCUAUAUGAUUCUAGACUAUUAAGCUUGGACUAUGAACAAAGAUUCGUGUAAAUCAAACUGUUUAUUUUCUUUGUGU